AUGAAGAAUAAAAAGCAGGAUGUGAAACAGGCAGAAGUAUCAGAAAGAAAUAUCAAUAACAACAUUAUAACUAAAGAGAACAAAACAAAUGACGCGAGCAUUCAUUUAAUAUUCCUUGUAUGUGUGAUUGGAGUGUCUCUGGGCAUCGCUCUAGAAAUAAUCAACGUACAAAAUAGAAUAACCAAAGAUGACAACCGAAGUUACUGGGUAUAUUCCGCAUUCAACGAUGUAGAUAAUAAAAAUGGUAUCCUCAAACAUGUACAUUCGGUAUUAGAACGCCUCGGUUACGAGAAGAAAACUAAUAAAACAUGGAACUUACUUUGGUCACACGAUUAUCCUUUUAGAUCGCUAUACACAAUAAUACAAAAUUUGAAACCAAACCAAAAAGUCAAUCAUUUCCCGGGAACAGGGUUUAUAACGAACAAAGUUAAUCUGGCAACAUCGGAUUCGAAAUAUAUACCAAAGGCGUUUAAAUUACCAAAGAGCAAAGAGGAUUUUUUGAAAUAUGUCGCAGAUAAUAGAAACGCAUUGUUUUUGGAAAAGCACAAUCAGCACAGAGGUGUGUACUUGAAGAACGUGAGCGAAAUUGAUUUGAAUAAUGGCGAAAGUUUUGUACAGGAAUUUGUCCAAAACCCGUUUUUGGUGGAUGGACAUAAGUUUGAUAUUGGCGUGUAUGUUGCUUUGACAUCGGUGGAUCCUCUCAGAGUGUAUUGGUACAAGGGCGACGUCCUAUUCAGAUAUUGUCCAGAAAAAUAUUACCCAUUUGACCCAAAGAAUGUUGAUAAAUACGUCAUAGGGGAUGAUUACUUGCCUACUUGGGAGCUCCCGUCUAUGGUACAUCCCUAUACAACUCUGGGUUUUGGUAUGAAGGAUGCAUUUGACCACUAUGCAAACUCUAAGGGUUUGGAUACGGAGAAUAUGUGGGAAGAAAUUCAAAAAGCAAUCACCGAGGUUUUCGUAAAGAAUGAACAUUAUGUUAUUGAGGCUCUGAAGAAAUAUAAUUACAAAGACAAUUUCUUCGAAAUGAUGCGUUUUGAUUUGAUAGUGGAUGAGAAUCUAAAGGUCUACAUGCUUGAAGCUAAUAUGUCUCCAAACUUGAGUUCUGCACAUUUCCCGCAGAACCAAAUGCUUUAUGAACAAGUUUUAUAUAAUCUAUUCUCUUUGACUGGUGUUGCUAGUUAUGUGGAUAGUACCAGCAACCAAACAGUGAAUAAUAUGAUAUCAGCCCAGAAAAACAUUGCAGUGUUUAGUAAGGAAUGUAACACAAUAUGUAAGGAUAACUGCGAAGCGAAAUCUGUUUGCGUUUUGUGCAAACCUUGCCUGACGCCUAAGCUGAAAAAGGCUUUACUUAAGGCACAUAGAGAAAAUUUACAUAAAGGCGAUUUUAGAAGAUUAUUUCCUCCAACUAUGCUUCAAAAUGAUAUAGAAAGAAAUAUGAACCAUUUAAGCCAAAUAAACAGGAUACAGCAUUUAUGGUAUCAAGGAAAAUGUAAUAUUGACACUACAUGGUGUGUUUAA